AUGAACGAAAAAACAUUGAAUCACGUUCUCAAUCAUUUUCUUACAAGGUACAAAUCCAUUCAAGGCGAUCAGUCGCCUGAAAUACUUGAAAAAUUGACUCUGACCCAAUAUACAGUGAGUUUUUAGUCUUAGAAAAUAAAUACAGGUAAAAAGCAUUGCAGAAUUUAGCGCGAAUAGAUGUUGAAACGAGCGCGGACUUGUUCGGACUGCUCAAUAGGUAUAUGUCGGAUUAUUUAGAAGUGCUGCAUCUCGAGGAAGAAUUGAAACGGAAGAAAUGCUUGCUUGCACAAUCGCUGAAGACGUUAGAUGAUAAAUUUUCAAAAGCAGCAGAAAAAACUAAAGGUAGUUUUUAUUUUUAUUUUGAGAGUAUUAAAAUAUUACUGAGAAUUUUUUUUUUCAGAGAGGAAUGAAAAGCUAAAAACCGACGACAUCGAUUUUCUGCAGUCCAAGAUUAUAGUCGAUAAGCCGACGUUCGCGAAGCCUGUUGAGCCGAAGAAGCCAACUCCACUCGUGGAGCCGACCUACUCGACACGCGUGAUUCGGGAAAAAGUCAGUGCUCCUCAGCCAGUGUUCGACUCGAUCAUGAAGCCACCGACGUAUUCCUCGAAUAUGAAGUUCGCUAAAAGCGAGAAAAAAGAGAAUAUGCCGACAAAGCAAUUGGAAUCGUUUAAUUUAGAUGAUUCGUUGAUCAACGAUCCUGGUUUGUCUGAAAAUAUUUCGAAAAACAACAAUAAAGUUCCAGAUUUUUCGGUUGUCAACGAAAACCUCGCUGGAAAGCUGAAGUUCGACGAGAUGGAGGACGAAGAGAAAACUCCAGCGAGGGGCCGAAAAGCCCCUGCUCGCCCAGAAAAGAAACCUCUGGAUUUGUCCUCAAUGCCCCCACCGCCCGUUUUCUCGUCGAGCACCGGCCGUGCCUUCAAUCAAAAAUAA